UUUCCAUCGUCUUCUUCGCUAGCUAGUACUUGCUGAUAAACCCAGAACCUCCAUAGACGAAGCUCCAUCAGCUAAAAUGCUCGCAAGCAGCACACUCCAAGUCCUCAAUUCUCCCCCUGCAGCUCCCUCGCUAACGCCAAUCCGCCUCCCUCCCAACCCCUUGUUCCUCCCUCUCCCCUCUCCUCCUCACCGUCUCGGCUUUAGUCUUGAGCACGCCGGCAGGAGGAGGCCCCCCUCCGCCUCUUCUACCUCCUCCUACGAAGUCGGCGGCGCGUACCCGGACGAGGAGCUGGACUUCCAAGACCAGUUCGGGGAGGAAGGGGACCAGAAGCUCGAUGCUGCCCAGUACGAAGCCCUCCUCAAAGGGGGCGAGCAGGUCACCUCUGUACUUCAAGAGAUGAUCACCCUUUUGGAAGACAUGAACAUGGAUGAGGCAUCGGAGAAGGUGGCGGUGGAACUGGCUGCGCAGGGAGUCAUCGGGAAGCGAGUGGAUGAGAUGGAGUCGGGGUUCAUGAUGGCCUUAGAUUACAUGAUUCAACUCGCGGAGAAGGACCAGGAUGAUGAGCGUAAGGUAUUGCUUGAAGUCAUCAAGGAGACUGUGCUAGCCCAUCUCACAAAGAAGUGUCCCCCACAUGUCCAAGUGAUUGGCUUGCUCUGCAGAACUCCACAGAAAGAGAGCAGACAUGAACUCUUGCGAAGGGUCGCAGCAGGUGGUGGGGUAUUCAAAGUUGAAAAUGGCAGCAAAGUUCAUAUUCCAGGGGCUAACCUAAACGAUAUUGCUAAUCAGGCUGAUGAUCUGCUGGAGACAAUGGAGAAUCGGGCCGUCAUCCCUGAUCGGAAACUUCUCGCAAGAUUAGUUUUGAUUAGAGAAGAAGCAAGGGAUAUGAUGGGUGGAGGAAUUCUUGAUGAAAGAAAUGACCGUGGCUUCAGCACUCUCCCAGAAUCAGAGGUAAAUUUCCUGACAAAGCUCGUAGCUUUGAGGCCAGGAAAAACUGUGCGGCAAAUGAUUAAGAAUGUAAUGCAAGGAAAGGAUGAAGGUGCUGAUAAUGAAGAAGAUGCCCCAGAAAGCGGAAAAACCUCUACUGGUGUCUUUGGAAGUAAAAGUGUCUCACGACGUAAACCUCGUCCUGUACGUCCAGGAAUGUUUCUGGAGACCGUCACCAAGGUCUUAGGUGGAAUAUAUUCUGGGAACGUAUCUGGAAUCACAGCCCAGCAUUUAGAAUGGGUUCAUCAAAAGACCCUUCAGGUUCUCCAGGAAAUAGCAUUUUAAGUGCUCCUUGACAACGUCAGUAUUUUCCGGUCAGGUGUCUCACGGGAGAGAUGCUCGGUUGCAUAAAACGGAUUGGAGAUUAGACGAAAUAUAAUUCAUAAGUUUAUAUGGGGUAAUCACCCCACUUUGGAUUAUGAUCAUUUCCGAAACUGAACUGAUGUAUAUAUGUGAAUGGAGAAAUCUUGGAUUCCACGUUUUCGAGCACAGUUCAAGGGACCUUAGCAUGCUGCUUUUCCCCGGUGCAA